GAUCUUCAGUGAUCUAAGCUUUCUUUCCUUCCUUCUACAUGUAGCCGUCAUGACGAUGCAAAGACGUCUGCCGCACCGCCCUUGCUUUGCGUGAUCCAACGUUUUCGAGCGCCACAGCAAGAUGAGUAAGUCGUGACCAUUCUCAUGUUCUUUCCUUGAUUGUCUGCUUCAUCGGUGAAUUUAACGAUUUGCCACUCCUAUUCCCCAUCUUUGCGGAUAACGACUCGUGGGGGUACAUCUGAACGAAAGAAGCUGGCAACAGUCACACAAACCAUGGCAAGCCACGACGACGACAACAACAACAACAUCAACGGCACCGGCCAGCCAAAUGGCAUCUCUCCGACUCGACGAAAACCGGUGUGGCGCAACGUGGUCGAGAACUUCAGUCCACUUUGGUUCACGCUGGCGAUGAACACUGGCAUCUUAGGCGUGCUGUUUCACCAGCAACCUUGGCAAUUCGACGGCCUAUACAUCAUCUCCACGAUCAUGUAUGUCUUCACAAUCAUCUUGUUUGCCAUAUUCAGCAUCAUCACCGUCUUUCGCUGGACGGUCUUCCACCGAACCACAGUAUCGAAGACACACGGAGACAUCAAUGAGAUUUCCUUGCUCGGCACCGCCCCGAUCGCCUGGUUUACAAUUACUGCCCUGACUGCGCUGAUUCCCAGCAAUGCUUACUGGGGCCACCACGCCUUCACCAUCCUUGCCGUGGUCAUGUGGUGGUUCGGUAGUCUUUGGAUGGUGGUCACAUGCAUUGGAGUGUGCAUCGCCAUCGCGCAACACGACGUGGUAUACGACCGGACCAUGUCGACGGCUUUGUUUCUGCCCGCCGUCGGCGUCGCGACCGAUGCCGUGGUUGGUGGUCUGAUCUGCAAUUACGCAUACGGUAUGACCGCUCGCCUUGCGGUUCCCAUCCUCAUCACAAGCUACUUCUUGGAUGGACUGGCCGUCUUCGUCUCUCUCGAGAUCUACACCCUCUUCUUCCACCGACUCAUGACGAGCGGGUGGCCCGAGCCUGCCAAACUACCAGGCCUGAUCCUUCUGGUCGGCCCCUUUGGCCAGACAGCCGCUGCACUUCUGCUCGCGGGUUCUGCGGCCAGCACUGCCAUGGAUUUUCCCCAUUACGAUAAGGGGACAUUCCUCACUAUGAUGGGCGCGGAGGGUGUUACUUCCGCAGGCACAUUGAUUGCGCUUCUCCUGCUCGGCCAUGACUUCUUCUGGAUCGUCGUCGCGUGUGGUGGUAUUGGUGUGGGUGUCAUGAAUCGCACGUUGACUUAUAGCCUCCUGUGGUGGGCAACGAUCUUCCCCCUCGCCACCGUUGCUACAGCCUUCAUCUCGUUGUCAGUCAGUAUGAACUCGCCUACAUUCCGUGCGCUGGCUGCGAUUAUUACCGUCUUCUUGACCAUUGACUACCUUAUAAACUGGGGUUUCACCAUAUGGUACACGAUCAAUGGUGACUUGCUCAUCAAAAAUGAAACCAAGGACGUGGAAGAGCAAAAGGUCGAUUAAAGCUGUGAUCCAAAGUAUGCUCUUGCUAGUAUAUUCACUUCAUGUUCAUGAUGAACACGUGAAUCACUUCUACCUCACUUCUGCCUCACUUCUGCCUCACUUCUGCCUCACUUUAACUUCACCCUAUUGUUCACGUGUCAGGCACAUGCGGUGCAG